AUGCAGUCACGGACGGAGCUUCCAUUGGCCACCGCGUCAAUGAGUUUAUCGUUCAGAAAGCGAAAAAGUGGAUGCUCCACCGUCGGUGAGGAUGAGCCGGUGGUUGCCGGCAUUGAGGUGGACAGACUGUCUUUCAUCAAUACCGCACUUUGCGCCGUCCCGGGCAACACCCUCCGUGCCUUCUUUGCGCCUGUCAUGGCUGUCAGGCUUUCGCUUCUGAGGCGGAGGCGACUCACGCAACGGCAUCUCUCCUCUCCCCCAGCGAGGUCAGACAAGAUGUUUCAGGAGGGCGUGCGUGUUCUUACAAAGGCGCUUGUGGACGCGUCGCUUGAACUCCUUGAAACCCCAAUGCCGCUUGACGAAAAGGAGCUCGCGACGGCUUUGAGGGGAAAACUGACGCCAGUUUGCUACGAGCCGGGGGCGGUGCUUGCGUACCCUGGUGAAGUUCCAGAGGGGCUGUUUGUACACGUGGUGCUGAGUGGGAGUGUUCAGGUGGUGAACUACCAGACACAAAACCGCAAAGGCCCCAUUGCCGACAGCAGCAAAAGACAAUAUUUUUUCAGCAAUGAUUUGCUACGACUAAAUGGAUUGUUGGGUCUUCAGCCGGAGCUGUUUCGGCUUGUCUCUGCUCCUGUGGAAAUUCCCGGCGAUGCGGCCAGUGAUGUGGUUUCGAACUCCACCGUGUCCACAUCUAUUCAACGCACGCUCCGACGUGCUUCGCGUAUCAUUGGACAACCAACACUUUUGGCUACCCGCACAGAAUUAUUCCGAGCUCCCUAUGUAUGCUGCGCCGCUGAAGCAUUGGGAUUAGAGCCUUUUCGACUUGCCACGGUUACAGCAGAGGCGGCAUCGCCGGAUGGCAAGAGAGAGACAAACUGUGAUUCAAGAGUAACCGUGACGAUGCGCGUUCGAGCCAAUGAUCUCCACAAUGCCCUUAUUGAAAUUGCCCUGCGUCAGCGUGAUAAGUCCAAGACGCCUGUUUCUCAACUGGGCACACUUCGUAACGUGCCGGGGCUUUUGGAUUAUAUUGCAGCCGCACGGGUAAAGUCGAUCUCUAGUCAUUAUCCACUGAAUGAAAUCCUCAUGCGUCAGAGUUGGUUGCUGCAAGAUACCCCGGCACACACAAUACGUUUCCUUGUCACGCACCUGACACCUCGGUUUUACUUUCCAGGGGAAGUUAUUCUUUGUCCCCAUUCAAUGUCUCGCCAGCUUUGCUUCUUGCGCCGGGGCACUUUGACGAUUGAGGAACCCCCAUCGACAGGAUUUCGUGGUGCGGGGAACCACUGCUGUGGGGAUUAUAAUCCAAAAAGGAAGAUAUUACAAGAGGUGCCAGUGGGCGCCUCCUUUGGCGAGUUGUCUGUAUUGUUUGGGGAACCCAGACAAUUUGUCUUGCGGGCACAAACUGCUUGCGACGUUUGGUGCCUUUCUUGUCAAAGUUUUGCGGCAACGGUGAGACGUGAUGAUGCUCUGCGUCGAAAUUUACUUUCCAAAGCUGCUGCACUGCGGAUGCGAUGGCUGGGAGAGCAGAGGUACACAUCUUCGCUGGCGCGAGUGUUGCGUGACAGUUGUGAACUCUUUCGUGAGGCACCGGAUAGUUUUAUUCGUCUUGUACAGGAGCGCAUGGAGCCCGUUGUUUACCCACCGGGCACCUUGCUUACAUCAAUUUCCACACGCUGCACGGAGAUGUUGAUUAUUCUUCAUGGCAGGGUGACAUCGAUCGUCGAUGGUGUGGCGGAAUACGGCCCUGGAAGUGUUAUUGGUGAACCCACCAUCAUUGAGCAUCGCUGGCCGUUGGGUCUUGUGUCCAAGUCCAUGGUGGAGGGAUGGAAAUUGACGCGUCUUCACCUUCGCGACGCGCUCCGCCGUAUUGAAAUUCUUCGUCGGCACUCCGGUGAAGUUGGCACGCAUGCUCCGCAGUUGAUGCAAAGCAUCUUUGUACCCCCUGUUCCUCCUUGCGAGUUGGAUGCCGUGGGUCGGUCGAGGAUGCCGGUGGUGGACCCACCACCACGUGGCCGGACGUACAUGGAAUUCGCAAGGUGGCUUGCGGAGAUACAGCUGAAGGCCAUGUGCUUCCAGUUCCGUGACUUUGUGAAGUGGUCGGAUAUUUCUUACAACACACUUCCUGGGGAGGCGGAUGAGCGACCGUCAACUGGUCCGCCGACAGAAUCAACGGAGGCUGCCAAUUUCGAUUUCAUUAAUUAUAAGGCGGUUGCCGCGGGGAAUGGCGUGAAGGCUCUACGCUGUGUGAAGAAAAACGCUUCUGCACAGCCGAAGAGUGGACGUGCCGUUAACACCGGGAGCAUUCUUCCUUUUUACGUGAACCCUGCCAUUGCACACCAGCCCUUCACACAGCCCUAUCUCCGGAAACCACCCUCUAUGUUUGGUGGCGAGGCGGAGCCCCUCUUGGCGAGGCAGCGGGCCCUUGCCGCCGAUCAGAAUGCGUCCGUGCGGGUCACCUCCAUGCCGCAGCUGGAGAAAUUAAAAAAACUCCUGGAAAACCGAGACAAGUUGCGGCGGGUGGAGACUAAACAACAGGAGCUGGCAGAAAUGCAGCAGGAACGGGUGGAUUUGGGCAAUGUGUCCCGAUUUGGUUGCCCCGCGCCUGUCCACAUCUUUUUGCGGGGCAACAAACCUCGUGUGCAGAUCACGGUGGAGGAAGCCAUAGGUGUUGGGUACGUUCUCCAAUUCCCAGACACGAAAAGCAUCCAGUCGUGCGUCUCCAACAUCGAUUCGGACGUGACAAUUGGACUGCCGCACCAUCGACAGAGAAGACGUGACAUGGCGCUCACUCCCAACUUUCGUCACCACCGGCGCUGUUUCCUCUUUGCCGCGUCUCAGCUAAAGGAAAAAAGCAAAGAAGAGGCAAUGCUGAAGGAGGCCGCCGUGCGCGAUGCGGAGAAAAAGGAAAAUGCCCAGCACUUGGCCACGCUUUUGAUGAACGAGAUGUCCGAGAAGCAAUCUUCCCUCUGUAUCUUACGUUCGGCAGUGGUGGGAGAGGGGAGCAACACAUCUGCUCCGGAAUGGCAAAGGAACUCCCUCUUCAAGUCAUCCUCGCGAGGUACCCUCACUCCGAAAAGGCAGUCAAUUGCCAGCAGGCAUUGCAGUUUGCCUGCAAAGGAACAGGAGGAGCCCGCGUUUCUUCGACAGCUUCGCGAAAACCCCGAGAGGGCGAUGAACUCCCUUCGCUCGAAGCUCAGUUUGCCACGAGCUAAUACGGAUGGCGAGGCAGCCGAAAAUAACUUUUCUCGUUCUAUAUCGGAAGCCAAUAAUUCCUCCAACACCAUGGCACAAGGAAAUGAUUUAAUGGAACGUCUACGUGGUGUGUCAGGGAUGCAUGAAUUGAAGAAAAUGGAGGCAUCGGUCAAUGGAAUUCCGCCUCGUAGGCCAAGCGAUAAAAAUGGUGAGAAGGAAACCGACAAGACGGGAGGAGAAGAUGGUUCUCCUCUGGCUUCUUUUAUAGCGGACGAGAACGCACCGCUUUUUGUUGAUGGUUAUGGCCAGCUUGGAAAUUUAGAGAGCGGUGCGGUAGAGGAAUUGCCGGCACAUAGCAAAUCGUCGGUGGAAAACCCACCGUUGGAGACAAAUUACUGGGAUGCUCCAAGUGUUUCGAACGAACACACGCGCGAUGAUAACUUCGCGUCGAUUUCUCGCAGUUUUGUCAUGCCAACUGUGAGGGAGGCAACUUUAACAAUGCGCCGCAUGCAACGUAACAUUGAGGGUCUUAACGCUGUGGCUGAGGAGCAAAAGCGUGAACGGCUGCAAAGACUUCGUCGCCGUGUGGAUUGCACGGAUUUCCUCUUGGAGGAUGCCUCAAUUUUGGCGGAGUACCAGCGGAUAGUAGAGGACUGGGCCGCCAACUACACUCAGCAUGCUCGUGACCCGCUGUAUGUCAGUGAGAUUCCGCCUCUGUUGUUACCUGAGGCUGGCGCGGACUACCUUGCUGAGGAGUAUCAACAUAUCCGACGUCAGCAACUGACAGAAUUGAUUGAAGCACGUGGGACAGAUGGGUGGCACGGUGAAAUAGAAGCAAAAGAUCGUCGCGCCGGGAAGGAUAAGAGCGAAGCAGACAAAAAAUCCGGCAGGCGUGUCACGACUCUGAUCGGAGCGAAGAAACUGGGGAUACCCUCCAAACCACUGCGGAACCCGCUUUCUCAUUUGAGCCCGGAGGAGUACGAGCGAUGGGUCGCGGAGCGUGACGCCGUGUUUGCGGCUGCCAAGCGCCCGUCGUGA